AUGGUGACCAACGGAAGCUGCCUGUGCGGCAAGAUUAGGUAUCAGUAUGCUGGUGAACCCCUUGUGACCGCACUCUGUCAUUGCGUCGACUGCCAGAAAUGGACUGGUAGCGCCUUUACUUCCAAUGUCAUGGUUUCCCGCAAAGACUUCAAGGUCGUUGAAGGAACCCCAAAGAGCUAUGAUGCCAUCGGGGAUUCGGGCAAGAUCAACAAGCACUUUUUCUGUGGCGACUGCGGCUCUAGUCUCUUCACCGAGCUAGAGAUUAUGCCAGAGUCGACCUAUGUCAAAGCUGGGGGGCUGGACGGGGGGGCAUCCAAGCUAGGAAACAAGGUGGCUGUCGAGCUCUAUACCAAGGACCGAAUGCCUUACUUGAAACCUGCAGAUGGAGCGCAGCAGCUGCAUGCGCUGAAUUGA